AAGUGGUUCCGCGAUGAGGGUUGGUAAGGUCGGGCCAUGGUGGAGCAGAGGUUGGGAAGAUGGCGUGGCGAGGCUGGGCGCAGAGAGGCUGGGGCUGCGGCCAGACGUGGGCUCCGCGGGUGGGCAUCCGGAGCUGCGAGGAGCUCACUGCGGCACUGGCCCCGCCGCGGUUGUUCGGACGCAGGUUUAACCUUUUCAUUCAGCAAAAAUGUGGAUUCAGGAGAGCACCCAGGAAGGUUGAACCUCGAAAAUCAGACACAGGAACAAGUGGUGAAGCAUACAAGAGAAGUUCUUUGAUUCCUCCUGUAGAAGAAACAGUCUUUUACCCUUCUCCCUAUCCUAUAAGGACUCUUGUAAAGCCUUUAUUUUUUACUAUUGGGUUUACAGGCUGUGCAUUUGGAUCAGCUGCUAUUUGGCAAUAUGAAUCACUGAAAUCCAGGGUCCAGAGCUAUUUUGAUGGUUUAAAAACUGAUUGGUUGGAUAGCAUAAGACCACAAAAGGAAGGGGACUUCAGAAAGGAGAUUAACAAGUGGUGGAAUAACCUAAGUGAUGGCCAGCGGACUGUGACAGGUAUCAUAGCUGCAAAUGUCAUGGUGUUUUGUUUAUGGAGAGUACCUUCUCUACAGCGGACAAUGAUCAGAUAUUUCACAUCCAAUCCAGCCUCCAAGGUCCUUUGUUCUCCAAUGUUGCUGUCAACGUUUAGUCAUUUCUCCUUGUUUCAUAUGGCAGCAAACAUGUAUGUUUUGUGGAGCUUCUCCUCCAGCAUAGUAAAUAUUCUGGGUCAAGAGCAGUUCAUGGCAGUGUACCUGUCAGCAGGUGUUAUUUCCAAUUUUGUCAGCUAUGUAUGCAAAGUUGCCACAGGAAGAUAUGGGCCAUCACUUGGUGCAUCAGGUGCAAUCAUGACGGUCCUUGCAGCUGUUUGCACCAAGAUCCCAGAAGGGAGGCUCGCCAUUAUCUUCCUUCCAAUGUUCACAUUUACGGCAGGGAACGCCCUAAAAGCCAUUAUUGCCAUGGACACAGCAGGAAUGAUCCUGGGAUGGAAGUUUUUUGACCAUGCAGCACAUCUUGGGGGAGCUCUCUUUGGCAUAUGGUACAUUACUUAUGGUCACGAACUCAUUUGGAAGAACAGGGAGCCUCUGGUGAAAAUUUGGCAUGAAAUGAGGACUAAUGGCCCCAAAAAAGGAGGUGGCUCUAAGUAA